CUAUGAUCAAUAGAUAAUGAUAUAAUUGUUAUCAACACUUGGCCAAAACAAAAAAAAAAGUUUUUGUGGAACUUGUUUGUAAAGUUACAAUACAGCAAGUACAAGUAGGAAAUGUGUAUGAGGCUAGUUAAAACAAAAGUAGAAAUUAUUAGUAUUAAGAUACAUAUUGCCAUCAGAAGUUUUACUAAAGUGGAUAUUAAUUAAACAGAAAAAAACACCUUGUUUCUUGAGACAUAAGUCAUCAGAAGAAUCUGGCGGGCGCUAUGCGGGGCGAGGCGCUAAUGCUGCGGCUGGCGGGUGCGGGGGCGGGGGCGGGGGCGCGCAAGCUGCACCACGGCGCGUUCUCGCGGGAGGCGCCGCCCGCGCGCCUCGGUGUACGUCACCUUGACGACGAGCUCAUCUGUCGCGACCCCGGCACUGCGGGGCGCGCGCUGGCGUGCGGGCGCUGCGGGCGCGCGCUGGCCUCGCCGCACCUGCUGGACCUGCACGUGCAGGAGGAGCACGACUCCUUCUUCGCAGCGCUGGCUGCCUCCAGACCCUCCUAUUGCUGCUACAUAGAGGAAUGCAAGGAGAAGUUUUUGAAUCCCGAGGAGCGCUUCGAUCAUUGCGUUAAGGCACAUAAGUUACCAAAAGAUUUUCGAUUUUAUCAAAAACCGAAAAUACCAAAAAAUAAAAAUGUCAAAAAUGAUUCCAUGGAUGUGGACAAUGAGGUAGGAAAAAGUAAAUUAUUUACGUUGAAUAAUAGCAAAGUAAAGGCCUUUGUGAAAAGUUGCAAAAGAGCAAGUUUGGAAAGUGAAAAUAGCUUAAUGAGUGUGGACUCUGCUGGAGCUGCUCCGCGUGCCGGCGGCCGAGCCGAGGAUGUGUGCAAACGCAAAUAGUGGCUAAUUAAAAUGGACAUAAUUAAAUAA